AUGAACAAAAGUUGCACUACUUGUGCGGAAGCCAAGCUUCGGUGCAAGAUGCCAAGCAAUGGUCGGUCUUGUGUGAGAUGUGCACACAAAGGACAAACAUGCACUCGGGCUGAACGAAAGAAGCGCCCCAAAAGAGCUACAUCAACCCCACACACCCUGUCUUCAACGGAAAAUGAGGAGCCCCAAGAAAUCGUUCAGACUUUGGAGCCUAUCGAACUAUCAUUCACGAAUGUGGAUAUUUUCCCAGAUGAGCUAGACUUCUUGACUCAAUUAGCCGAUAUUGAGAAUUCUGUUGACAUGACAUCUUGGAUGUGGAGACCAGAUAUGCUCUCGGUCUCUGGGGAUGACAGUAGCACUAUGACCGGUGCGACCUAUCCACUGAUGGCCCCAUAUACCGCCAUUCCCGAACGAGUGUUGUAUCCUGACGCUUUCCGAUUACCGAGUGGAUACAUACUCGCACUUGAAAGCAAUACUACCAUCCCGUUGGAGAGACUUGAAAAGUACUCGCGGCUAUUCUUUACGCAUUUUCAAGCUUUGUUGCCUAUAAUACACGUCCCCACAUUUUCCUUGGCAUUAGCUCCAGCAGUACUUGUCCGUGCAAUAUGUCUGAUCGGAGCCAGGCUCGACACCGACCCUAUAUCAUUUUCAGAUGCAGGGGCUUUCUAUGGAUCUCUCCCGUCAAUGUUUGCAAAGGGAUGUCUUCAUUCUGACAGAGCAAUGCUAAGUUUUGAAGAAUUGCAAGCACUUGUAUUGUUCCAAUUUGCCAGCAUGGCAAAUGGAGGAAUUGCCGAACGAGCCGCAUCACGAAUGUUACACCCACUACUUAUUACUGCUGUGCGUCAGGCUGGGCUCUUAAAGAUCCACGGGGAGUGUACGAAAGCCACACGGAGUGCAAGCUCAUGGGAAACCUGGAUCCAGAAAGAAUCACAAAAGCGGGUUCUUUGGGGUGUCUAUGCAGUAGACUGCUAUCAAUCAAUUCUUUGUGGUAGCCGGCCACUUCUCUCGCCAUCGGAAACCCGCGCUUCUUUUCCUUGCAACAAUUCAAGCUGGGAUGCCUAUUCUGCAUCAUCCUGGGCUGCUUUACCCGCACAAGACCCUUCUAGCUGUUUCUUGAGCUCGAUCAAGAGUCUAUUGCUUGGACAAUCUCCGUCCUUGGUAAAUAUGACAGCCUUCGGUAUGAAUCUGCUUAUUUUAGCUGUUCAUGCCCUGCUUCUUGAAGCCCAAACUUCAAUACUUCCCGUGGACCUCUCGGCUCUCCAUCAAGCUCUUCGAGCCUGGCAUGGUUUAUGGGAAGAGUCUCAGGGACAGUUUGUUUGGAAUUCUGAGCUUGAACCGGAGAUGUUUUUGAUCACUAAUAGCCUUUCUUUGUAUUAUCUCGCAACUCACUUUUUAGAAAAUGGGCGCCCGAUAUUGAGCGAGAAAGCCUAUAUGGAAAAGUCCACGAAUUCUGGUAACCCGUUGAUUAUCAAAGAGCAGAUCUAUCAGGAUGAGAUGAUGCGAUGUGUUAGAGGAAUGCUGAGGGAACUUCAGUAG